AGCAGCGGAGCCGUGUCCAAACGGCGGAGUGCAGAGAGAGCCAUGGCUAGAGAUGGCGAGGGACGCGGCCAGACACCCGCCGCGGCUGCGGAGCCCGGCCUGAGGGAGCGGGGGCCCUAGGACCGACCCGACGGGGGAAAAAAAACAAACCCAAAAAAAACCAACAAACAAAUAAAUUACAAAAAAAGGAAAAAAAAGAAAAAAAAAGGAAAAAAAAAUAAAGCAAGCAAAGCCACCAGCCCAGCAGCAGCAGCACCGCCACCAGCUCGCCGGCCGCCGACCCGCGGGAGGAACCGGCCCGCGGCAGCAGCGAAGAGCUCCGGGACGCCCCGCCGCCCACCAGAUAGAUGUGCGGUCCAGCCACCCGCACGGUCGACGAUGAACGCGCAGCUGGCGAUGGAAAACAUCGGCGAUCUGCACGGGGUGAGCCAUGAGCCGGUGCCUGCCGCCGCUGACCUGAUGAGCGGCAGCCCCCAUCACCGGAGCGCAGUGGCUCACCGCGGCAGCCACCUGCCAGCCCACCCGCGCUCCAUGGGCAUGGCAUCCAUCCUCGACGGCGGCGACUACCACCACCACCACCGGCCGCCCGACCACGCGCUGACGGGCCCCCUGCACCCCACCAUGACCAUGGCCUGCGAGACACCCCCCGGCAUGAGCAUGAGCAGCACCUACACCACAUUAACCCCUCUGCAGCCUCUACCUCCCAUCUCGACGGUCUCGGACAAGUUCCCUCACCACCACCACCACCAUCACCAUCACCACCACCCCCACCAGCGGAUACCAGGAAACGUGAGCGGCAGCUUCACGCUUAUGCGGGAUGAAAGGGGUCUGGCGUCUAUGAACAACCUCUACACCCCCUACCACAAGGAUGUUACCGGCAUGGGGCAAAGCCUCUCUCCAUUAUCUGGAUCAGGCCUGGGGAGCAUCCACAACUCCCAGCAAGGGCUGCCCCAUUACGCUCACCCCAGUGCCACCAUGCCCGCCGAGAAAAUGCUCACCCCAAAUGGAUUUGAAGCUCACCAUCCUGCCAUGUUAGCCAGGCAUGGCGAUCAACACCUCACUCCCACAUCCGCUGGUAUGGUGCCUAUCAACGGGAUCCCACACCACCCUCAUGCCCACUUGAAUGCCCAGAGCCACGGGCAGAUCCUAGGCUCUGCCAGGGAGCAAAACCCUUCUGUAACUGGUUCGCAGGUCAACAGUGGAAGUAAUUCAGGGCAAAUGGAAGAAAUCAAUACCAAAGAAGUAGCUCAGAGGAUCACCACCGAGCUCAAGCGAUACAGCAUCCCCCAGGCUAUCUUCGCCCAGAGGGUGCUGUGCCGCUCUCAAGGAACUCUCUCAGACCUACUGAGGAACCCCAAGCCCUGGAGCAAGCUCAAAUCCGGCCGGGAGACCUUCCGCAGGAUGUGGAAGUGGCUCCAGGAGCCGGAGUUUCAGCGGAUGUCUGCUCUGCGGCUGGCAGCGUGCAAGAGGAAAGAACAAGAGCAUGGGAAGGAUAGAGGGAAUACACCCAAAAAGCCUCGGUUGGUCUUCACAGAUGUCCAGCGUCGAACUCUACAUGCAAUAUUCAAGGAAAAUAAGCGUCCAUCCAAAGAGUUACAAAUCACCAUUUCCCAGCAGCUCGGGUUGGAGCUGAGCACCGUCAGCAACUUUUUCAUGAAUGCACGGAGGAGGAGUCUGGAUAAGUGGCAAGACGAGGGCAGCUCCAAUUCAGGCAACUCAUCUUCUUCAUCAAGCACUUGUACCAAAGCAUGAAGGAAUAACCACAAACUAAACCUCGGUGGAAAAGCUUUAAAAAAAAAAAAAAAAAAAAAAAAAAAAGACAGACAGACCAGGACCUCAACACAGCAGGUUUAUACUUAGAACUAUUUGAAAAAAAAGGAAAAAAGAAAAAAAAAAGAAAAAAAAAAGUUAUUUAUAAGUCCAAAGAAACCAAAGACUUAUUUCACCUGCAUUAUAACUUUGUUCUAAGACACACACUUUAGUAGGGCGACAACUUGCAAAAAGGAAAGGAGAAGAAAGCAAACCAGAGGGAACGAAACGGAAUGCAAAGAGAAGAGAAACAGACCACUGGUCAAACACCUUCACCCAUGAUCAUCUUCACCGUACUUGGCUGUCUAGUGGUUUGGAGCAUAGUGAUUUCUUGUCAUUGAAUGGACAUCUCCUCAGAUACGGCUCUUCAUUUCCACAGCAAUUGCCAUGAAGGUGCAUUGUGUACACGCCAGUGGUUAGGGACUUAGUCAGGGCUGGUCUUCAGAGAGCGUCGUGCCGCGGCACGACCGCCAAAGCGUGGAGUCGUCUGAAUUCAUUUGAACGGUAGUGUGAGUUUUGCUGUUUCAUGGUUUGAACUUAACCGGUGCGACGCCUGGAAACAAGUUCAAAAUAGGCAAAGAAAUUUUGAAUGGUACCUAAACCAGUGCAUUCUCUUUGUUUGUUAAGGAAUGUUCAGAUUUAAAAAAAAAGGAAAACUAUUCCAUCCAUUUAAAAAAAAAAAAAAAAAAUCGACUAGCUACCAAAGAACACAUUUAAUAAUUAUAUUGCAGGUAUUUUAUUGCAAUGAUUUUAAUAUUCCAAAGCUAUUUUUACACAAAAUACUAUGUAGAGUUAUAGGUAUAAACUAAUCUAACUGUAUAACACAUAAAACUUGUAAUCAAGACUGUUAUUCGCAAUUAGUAGAACCACCUUAUUGUUUCUUUCCGCGAUUGGCAAGAAAGAAUGUCAUCUGGGGAGACCACGGCCCGUCAGCGCACAGGUACUGCUGCUGGGAUGCUGCUUCCACUGAAGUCAGUGAGCCUUUUUGUCGCUGACUUCAAGGGGAGCCGUGCGCGGGAUUGUGCGGUAGCGACCCCGUGUGCGUCCCCUCGUUACACUGCCGGGCGCUGAAGCGCGCUGUGCGCUGCGUGUAGAUGCAGCUCAGCUCUGCCAUCUAGCCUGCAAACAGGGGACCUCAGGCGUUUCGUAUGCAAAGUCGGAAGGAGCUGCGAAACGUAAAACCACAGGGCUCAGCAUCUGAUCAAUACUUAUUGACAUUGGUGAGCUUUUUUUUACCUAUUGACUUGACUAGGCAAAGGAAUAGCAAUAGCUUUGAAGGCUUGUGGUCUUUUCCUAUUGAAAGCAGUGGUACAACAGCAGUUAACGUCGGUGGGAAGAGCUCCAAGAGGAGCUCUGGUAGUGUUUCUGGAAGGCCAAAUUGCAUUGCCUCUGAGAUCUGCAGCAAAAUUCCCAUGGCACCGUUACAGCCCGAUGUUUUGUGGCAUUUUAUCUGUGUGUAGCAGGCUCAGCUUUUGUCCCGUGCAUUCUUUCUUGCUGAUCUACUAAUCAGGAUAAUGCAUGAACUGGCUUAAAGUUUGUAACUAAAAAGCUUUAAAUGCUCUGUUGCUAACAGACCCAUAGAAGAGAAAUCAUCCCAUUCCUACUCAGAUAAAAUUAAACAGACAAAGUGUGCAACAUCUGCAUAUUAAAUUUUAGCAUAAGGGGAAAAUAGACUUUAAAACCAAUACGUGUGCCUGUUAGAUUUCUAACUGGUGUUUCAAAUUGCUGUAGUAAUUCUGCUAAGUACAUUAAAUUCCAGAGCAACCAAAUAUGCAGGUAUAGGGCCAACGCAAGGAUUAAACCCAGAUAAUCUUUCUUACACCUUUUUUUUUUUUUUUUUAAGGAAAAAAAAAGAGGAAAAGGGAAAAAAAAAGACAAAAAAAAAUUCAAGGUAAACUAGAAUCCAACCACCACCAUUAACAAUAAUCAAUACUGGCUUCUGGGACAAAGCCCACUGAAAAUACUAGCCACACCAAAGUUAAGCAACUGUGUAGCACCAGUUAUUUCCCAAGAGGACAGGGUCUAGUCAAGGUUCAGGGUACACAGUUACUUUCCAGUAAGUGUUUAGACUACAGUUGAAAUACCUAUUUACUAAAAUAAAGUGAAAUAAACCCAA